CACCUCAACUCCAGUGAACAGUGGCUUCAUUCACAGGAGAGCCGGGGUCUAUGCUGGUGACCUGGACCACCUUUAAUAAAACAGAGAGCAAGGUGGAGUACGGCCUUCUGGGGGGUCGGCUCUUUGAGACGACGGCCACAGGUGACGCUACUUUGUUUGUCGACUCUGGAGAGGAGAAGAGGAAGAUGUUCAUCCACAGAGUCACUCUCACAGGCCUCAAAGCUGCCUCUCCAUACGUCUACCACUGUGGGGGCAACGAGGGCUGGAGCGACGUGUUCUUCUUCACCGCUCUGAAUGACAGCGCAAGUUUCAGCCCCAGGUUUGCUCUGUACGGUGACCUUGGCAAUGAGAACCCUCAGUCUCUGGCUCGACUGCAGAAGGAGACGCAGCUGAGCAUGUACGAUGCUAUCCUGCACAUAGGGGACUUUGCCUACGACAUGCACAAGGACAAUGCCAGGAUUGGAGAUGAGUUCAUGAGGCAGGUCGAGUCCAUAGCUGCCUACGUGCCCUACAUGACCUGUCCAGGCAACCACGAAGCAACAUAUAACUUCUCCAACUACAGGAAUCGGUUCAGCAUGCCAGGCAAGACCGAGAGCCUGUGGUACAGCUGGAACCUGGGGUCAGCGCACAUCAUCUCCCUCUCCACCGAGGUUUAUUUCUAUCUCCAGUUCGGCCUGGAGCUCCUCUUCAAGCAGUACGAGUGGUUGAGGAAAGACCUGGAGGAGGCCAACAAGCCGGAGAACCGUGCAGUACGUCCCUGGAUCAUCACCAUGGGACACAGACCCAUGUACUGCUCUGAUGACGACCAGGACGACUGCACCACGUUUGACUCCUAUGUCAGACGGGGAAGGAAUGACACCAAACCAACAGCUCCGGGUCUAGAGGAUCUAUUCUACCGCUAUGGGGUGGAUGUGGAGCUGUGGGCGCAUGAGCACACAUACGAGAGGCUGUGGCCCGUCUACGGUGACAAGGUGUUCAAUGGGAGCAAAGAGCAGCCUUAUGUGAACCCAAAAGCUCCCGUUCACAUCAUCACAGGCUCUGCUGGCUGCAGAGAGAAGACCGACAGGUUCAACCCAAACCCCAAAGAGUGGAGCGCCUUCCGCAGCACAGACUACGGCUACACCCGCAUGCACGUGGUCAACAGCACUCACCUGUACCUGGAGCAGGUCUCUGAUGACCAGUAUGGGAAAGUGAUUGACAGCAUUUGGGUGGUGAAGGAAAAGCACGGCUACUCUUCCUGGUUCUGAAGACUGCUAUCAUUUUUUUUUUUUUUUUUUUUUUUAAAUCUACUAAGGAAAUGCACUUUAAACCUAAAACAAGCAAACAAGGUAUGCGCUAAUGAAUACAGUUACACAUUUCAUUCCUAAUUCAGCAUAUUAAAUUAGGACCGCUUUAUGAUGAUGAUCUACUGUAAAUGAAUUUGCUGUCAGGUGCUCUAUUAAACAAUGUUUUGUAGACAGAG